AUGGAGGACGGCAGCAGGCCGGUGCUGCCGAUAAACAACGGUGGGUCACAGGAGGAGGUUGGGAUAGACGACGAGGAUUGGGAGUACGUGCAGGAGGAGCAGGCAGAGGCCGUCGCCCUGGUGCACAGCCACACGGCCGGGUACGGGGUGACCUCCCCUUCAAGCUCGACCUCAACUUCGAUCAACACCACGCGAGCGAGGGACGUGGAGGAGGGUGCAGCAACGUUGGCACAGGAAGAAGACGAUGGCACUGGCAGCGGGCGACGAAAGGCCAUCAAGCUCUUGAAGGACCUCACCACAGUCCCUGGAAAAGUAGAAGACGUGAUCGUCUACAAGCUACAGAAGCUACAGCGCAAGCCACGAGUGGUCUACCUGAAAACUUACUACAAGCUGUUGGUGCUGGUGGGCAUCUUUUACGCGCUGCCCUCGGCCCAGUUCGUGUUCUUCCAGUACAAGCACAACGCGAGCGGCCUUGAGUGCUACUACAACUUCAAAUGCGCGCACUACUUUCUGGGCUUCGAGGCAUUCAACAACAUCUUCAGCAACAUCGGCUAUGUUGUGGGCGGUGCGCUCUUCGGUCUGUUCAUUUAUAUAGCCCGGAAGCGAAACAAGACUGAAGUUCACGGCUUGCACAAGGACCGGUCCCUGUACUAUUGUAUAGCUCUCGCCAUGGUGUGGGAGGGCCUCUUCUCCAGCCUCUAUCAUAUCUGUCCAUCUAAAGUCAACUACCAGUUCGAUACCACAUUCAUGGUCAUUGGAACUGGUCUCAUGUUCAUUACAGUAUUCCAAAAGCGGCAUCCGACCACCGCCCCGGGUGCAGUGCGAGCAUUCAUCUUCUUCGCCUUGCUCAUCCUCAUCUCCUUCCUCGCCCUUACCGACAUCUACGUUGAAAUUGUAUGGACGUUCACCUUCACGGUGCUCAUCAUUGCGGGUUUGCUGGGCGAUAUACAUUUCUACUAUCACAAGCGUCUGCCAGUCCGCACUGUGAUUUACAACAUCACCCACCCGUGGCCACCCACCGAACCCGGUCGAUUGAUUGGAAUCCUGUUCGUGAAUGCAUUAUCGCUGGGAACACUGGUCUACGCCGCAGUGGACUCUAUUACCACCAACAAGGCCGAGUCGGUCCCCAACUACAUGCUCGCCAUUGUGAUGAUCAACACGUUUCUCUACAUGACCUUCUACGCCCUGAUGAAGAUGCUUCACCGGGAGAGGGUCCACCUGUUCGUGUGGCUUCUGGUCGUCGUCUCCAUCUCCACUUGGGGGACGGCGCUGUACUUCUUCCAGCUGGGCGUCACCGACAAGUUUCUUACGCCCGCCGAGUCCAAGCUGCUCAACAAGCCCUGCGUCCUCUUCAACUUCUUCGAUUACCAUGACAUCUGGCACUUCCUCUCUGCUGUCGGCCUGGCUUCGGUGGCCAUGCUCUGCUACGUCCUCGACUUUGGCCUGGAGUACGUUGUCUUCACCCCCAUUCGCCCGGCACAAGGAGCUGCCUUUGUUUUAGUUGUGGUGUAG